GUUUGAUUUCUGAAUUGCGCUACAAUGUGCGCUCUGAACCUUGACAUUGGUUCCUUCGAGAAGAGGAUAGCUAGAUUAUAUGCAGAUUGGGAGGAUUUCAAUAGUCAACUUCAUGAUGUAGAGUCUAUAAUUGUACCAGCUGGGAAGGUGGAUAGUGUAUACGGAAAAACCUUAUCACUACACAUGUGGCUUUUUGGAUAUGAGUUGCAAGACACUGUAAUCGUAUUCAAUAAACAGUCGAUGAUUGUGUUGUGUGGGAAAAAAAAGUUGGAUUUCUUACAUCCCUUAGAAAACCGUCAUUUUGGCAACCGCACAGUCGUUCUAAUCCCAAGAAACCCAGCUGACAAAGAUAAGGCAGGCCUAAAGAAGCUAGUUGAUUGUAUCAAGUCCGGUGCAAAGAAUAAUAAAGUGGGUCACUUGGCCAAAGAUAAAUUCAUAUCAGAGCUCACUGAAUCCUUCAUGUCAUCCUUGCAAGAGGAAAAAUUUCAACUUGUUGACAUCUCUAACUCCAUCAGUGAAAUCCUAGCUACCAAGGAUGAAACAGAAUUAAUACUGUUGAAAAAAGCUUGUGAUAUUACAUGCAAUCUUUUCACUAAACACUUAAAAGAGCAAAUUAUGGACGUCAUUGACUCAGACAGAAAAGUUAAACAUGAAAAGCUUUCUAGUGGUUGUCAAACCGCACUAAGAAACUCAAAUAUUCUGUCAGGUUUAGAUCCUGAUAAUGUAGAAAUGUGCUAUGAUCCAAUUAUUCAGAGUGGAGGAACGUAUAAUCUUAAAUUUAGUAUUGAAAGUGACACCCGGACUCUUCAUUUCGGGAUUAUUAUUUGCUCCUUAGGAGUGCGUUAUCAGUCCUAUUGUUCUAAUGUAAUCCGUUCUCUUAUGGUCAAUCCUACAGAUGAGCAGUCUGCUAAUUACACUUAUUUACAUGAUCUAUUUGAUUGGUGUAUAGAACAAAUUAAACCGGGUGUUAAAAUAUCAGAUUUCUGUCAGGCUAUUGCAAACAAAGUGUCGACUGAACGUCCUAAAUUAGCUGAAAACCUCCUACGCAACUACGGAUUUGUAACGGGGAUUGAAUUUCGAGACAGUAAUUUAUUAUUAUCACCUAAAUCUACAUCAACAUUUCGUCGAGGAAUGACACUGAAUUUCAAUUUAGGCUUCCAGAAUUUAAUAAACAGUCUUGGUAAAUCUCAAGCUGAGAAAAAUUAUGCACUUUGGUUAGGCGAUGUGCUAGCUGUUGGUGUUGGAAAUACCGGUGAGAAUUUAGUGUAUACUUUAACUGCAAAACGUCGACCGAAAUCAAUCAGCUUGUAUAUAAAAGAUGAAGAGGAAGAGGAAGAUGAUGAAGGAGAAGAAGACGAAGAAGAAGAGACUAGAAAUGUUGGAAAAAGGGAUACCAGCAGUAGACAUCCACAGAGUGCACGUUCGACAAAUGGUACUAGUGCAAUUGCUAUUUCCAAAAAACAAUCUAUCCCAAAUGGUGAUGGCAGUGUUGGUGUGAAUGCUGCACAAGAAUUAUUGGGUCGCGGACAUCGUCGUGCUAUUAUUGAACAGAAAACUCGAAAUGAACAAACUGCUGAAGAGAAACGUAUGAGCCGCCGGCGAGAUCUAUUCCAAGAACUUGUAACAAGUUCUACAAAUCGUUUAACAGGAUUAAAAACUGAUACUAAUUUAGACACUAAAAUGAAAUCUAGCAUUGCUUAUAAGGGGGCUGGUCAAAUGCCUAAGGAAGAUGAUGUUCGUAAACUUCGACUUUUUGUUGAUAAGAAGUAUGAAACUGUUAUUUUGCCAAUUUUCGGACUUCCAACACCAUUUCACAUCAGUACAAUAAAGAAUGUCUCUACGUCUAUUGAAGCUGAUUAUACGUAUUUACGUAUAAAUUUCCAUCAUCCUGGUGCAUUAGUUGGCGCAAAAGAUACAGCCAGUUUCCAAAGUCCUGAAUCAACUUAUGUGAAAGAGAUGACUUAUCGUGCUUCAAAUGUACGUCGACAUGGUGAAGUUAGUAUACCAUCGACCAAUUUAAAUAAUGCUUAUCGUAUAAUUAAAGAAGUAUUAAAGCGUUUUCGAUCCCGUGAAGCAGAGGAGAAAGAACGUGCAAAUCUCGUAGAACAAGAUGACUUAGUCGUAGAUCAUGCUAAAGGUUCUUUUCGUUUGAAGGAUUUAUACAUUCGUCCUAAUGUUGCAUCGAAAAGAAUAACAGGUACGCUAGAGGCUCAUUCAAACGGUUUCCGUUUCACUUCAGUUCGAGGUGAUCAAGUUGAUAUUCUGUAUAACAAUAUUAAGCAUGCAUUCUAUCAGCCAUGUGAUGGAGAAAUGAUUAUUUUACUGCAUUUCCAUUUAAAGAAUGCAAUUAUGUAUGGCAAGAAGAAGCAUACCGAUAUCCAGUUCUAUACAGAAGUUGGUGAAUUAACCACAGAUUUAAGUAAAACACAUUCUCGUAUGCAAGAUCGUGAUGAUUUAGAGGCGGAACAAAGAGAACGUGAAAUGAGAGAACAAAUUAAAAUGGCAUUUCGUUCAUUUGUGGAUAGAUCUGAGAACUUAGCACGUCGAUAUGAUCUAGAAUUCGAAACACCAUUCCGUGAACUUGGAUUUCAUGGAUGUCCUUUCCGAUCAACUGUACUACUGAUGCCUACAAGUAGUGCAUUAAUAAGUGUUGUUGAAUUACCUGCAUUCGUGGUUACAUUGGAUGAAGUUGAAUUUGUCAUGUUGGAACGUGUCAGCUUAUCGAUUCGUACAUUCGAUAUGGUGUUUGUUUUUAAAGAUUAUCAUAAAAAACCAGCAAUGAUUAAUUCAAUACCGAGUACUGCUUUGGAACUGGUUAAAGAAUGGUUGUUAUCGUGUGAUAUCUUCUAUGCCGAAGCCUCAAAAUCACUUAAUUGGCCUAAACUUAUGAAAACUAUUCUUGAUGAUCCGGAAGGAUUUGUUGAACAAGGAGGUUGGUCAUUUAUAUCACCAGAUGAAGAUGACGAUGAAGAUGAAGAGGACACGGAAGAUGAAGAUGAGAAUUAUGCACCGUCAGAAAGUGAGCUAUCUGGCGAUGGUGAGGAAGAUGGAAGUGGUGAUGAGUCUAGCGGUGAUGAUGAGGAUUGGGAAGCUGAAGAAGAAUCGGAUGAACCAGAAAGUUUAGACUCAGAUGAAUCAGAAGGAAAAGAUUGGGAUGAAUUAGAAGAAGAAGCUAGAAAAGAGGAUGCUAAAAAUGAAAUACCCGACACAGUACAUCCAAAGAAACGUCAACGAGCCCAUAGUCCGUCACCAGUAUCGCAUAAGAAAUCUCGUCAUGGAACAAAAUCCCCAAACAAGAAAAAUAAACGUUGAUAGAAACCAAAUUAUUUUAUUUGAUUAAACAACUAACGGAGAAGCAUUUUUCUUGGAAUAUCUCCUAGUUAUUAAUGUAUUGUACAAAAGAAUGUUUACUAAAUAUUAACGUGCACAAUCUUCUUUCUAAGAAAAACAGAUAUCUAUUAUUAUUAUUAUUAUUAUUAUUAUUAUUAUUAUUAUUAUUAUUAUUAUUAUUAUUAUUAUUAUGUAUGUAUCAUUCUUUUCUCGUGUCAAAUUUACUGAUAUACUGUUUAAAAUUCAUUGUGUAUGUGUAAUCAAAUUUAUUAUCUGUUGGCGAAUUGUUUUAUAGUUAUACCACAGCAGAGGCUGAAUCCGGAAACUUACAUCAAAAUUUUCUGUCCUGGAAAAAAAAAUAAUUUAAGUUAUUAGUCAGUCUAUUUUGCGGCCUAAUGUUCAUUAGAUCAUUUUAUUCAUAAAAUUAACAGUUAGAGGUUCAUGGAAUAUCAAGCAGUACUCGAUAUU